CAGUGACUAUGGAAAACGGUAUAAACAAGGGAAGUCCUGCCCAUUGGUCCAUACGUUGGGGUUGAGGGGGUCCAGUGUAUAAAAGCCCCAGAAUGGAAGGAGGCAUCAGUCAGAAUCUGAGAACGUCACCUCAGAACAGAAGCCCACGCCUCCCCCGGCGACACCAUGAGUGAAUCGUGCUGCUCCCCGUGCUGCCAGCCCACGUGCUGCAGGACCACGUGCUGCAGGACCACCUUCUGCGAGCCCAGCUGCUGUGGAUCCAGCUGCUGUGAGCCUUGCUGCUGCCUCCCAACGUGCUGUCACACCACCUGCUGCAGGACCACAUGCUGCAAGCCCACAUGCUGUGUGUCCAGCUGCUGCCAGCCCAGCUGCUGUGGGUCCAGUGGCUGCGGGUCCAGCUGCUGCCAGCCUUGCUGCUGCCGCCCAACGUGCUGUCACACCACCUGCUGCAGGACCACGUGCUGCAAGCCCACAUGCUGUGUGUCCAGCUGCUGCCAGCCCAGCUGCUGUGGGUCCAGUGGCUGCGGGUCCAGCUGCUGCCAGCCUUGCUGCUGCCGCCCAACGUGCUGUCACACCACCUGCUGCAGGACCACCUGCUGCAAGCCCACAUGCUGUGUGUCUAGCUGCUGCCAGCCUUGCUGCUGCUGAGCAACUUGCCAUAGACUCAGCACUCACUGGAGUAUAUAUCCUACGCCAUUUUCCCAAAGUUCCUGUCUUACAAGAAGUUACUCCCUCAGCUUUCCUGGGAACACAUGCUUACACUGCCCCUGUCAUCUUUCUCAACAAUGCUCAUGAGUCUACGGAGGAAAUGCAAUCUACUUCAAUUUGAUUGUAUUCUAGUGUCUCUGGUUUACUAUAGCAAUUGCUGAGCCACAACAUUUGGUCAACCCCAGAUGCUGGUCAACAUCCACUGAUUCACACUCUCAGUCUCCAAAAAGUGAUCAUCACCUUCACUUCUUUCUACAGCAUAUAAACACAUUCUUAUGAGUGCAUAGUUAGCUCUCCGCAGUGACCAGUACUGAUCAUCUGUUUAGAUAGAUGCAUUAGAGUUAGUAAGUCCUGCCAGGUUACUAAACUCCUUGCAAUGGCUUUGAACUUUCUUCC